GGCGCUACAAAAACCCCAAAGCAAAACGGCAGAUACGGAAAUACUACCUCAGCAUCGGCGUCGCGCCAUGGUGGCGGUGGGCGCCGGUGACGACGGCUGGGCGCGGCUCACCUCGCGCUCUGACUCCGCGGAGGGCCAGGGGCGGAGGCAGGAAUGGGAGGUGGAGUUCGCCCGCUACUUCGCUUCCCCCCUGCGCGACACGUCGCCGCCGCCGCCGCCGCCGCCCGGCGUCCGUUACGUCACCAGCGCCACGGAUUGCCAUCCCGGCGCCUGGCUCCCAGCCGCCACGCCUGCCGCUCUUCGCGUCUCCCGCUCCAGCCACCCCUCCGCGGCCCCAGUCCUCACCGUCUCCGUCGUCGGCGUCGUCUUCGAGGAGCACUUUGUGUCUAUCCUCAACUUCUCAUGGCCUCAGCUCACAUGUGGGGGACAAUGCCCAGGAAGUGGGAGCAGGGUGCUCUUUGUGAGCUUUUGUGAUAAAUCCAAGCAGAUACAGAAGUUUGCUCUACGUUUCCCACAGCUCAGUGAUGUGGAGUCGUUCUUAAAUUGUGUGAAGGAAUGCUUAGGUGACACCAUGGAUAUCGCAUCAUCUGGAUGCGACUACAUAUGUGAAGAUUCAUCAUCACGAUCAGAAUAUAUUGCUUCCAAUGAACUUCCCCACAGCUUUGAGGAGCCAGCUUCAGAUCACAGGACAGAGGCACCAGCAUUAUGCUACCAUGAGGAACCAGACCUGCCUGUUUCUGAACCUCUCCUUACUUCCAACAUUGACAAUAUCAACUCUGGUUUCCCUCUUAGUUUCACUGAAAUGCUGACAAAUUUGUCAACUGAGACUAAAUAUGCAUUGUGCAUGUACGGAUCAGAUGCGGUGGACCUGCAUCAACUGGGUGGAACUGACCAUCCUCAAGAGGUAAUGUAUGGCGGAUCAGAUGCGGAGGACCUGCAUCAAACUGACCAUCCUCAAGAGGUAGUGCAUGCCGGAUCAGAUGCGGAGGACCUGCAUCAAACUGACCAUCCUCAAGAGGUAGUGCAUGCCGGAUCAGAUGCGGAGGACCUGCAUCAAACUGACCAUCCUCAAGAGGUGUUCACACAAGACACUUGUCAUGAUGUAUUUCCUUCAAUGGCAGCUGCCUGUAAUGAAAAUACUGCUGAUAAAGAAACUGAUACUAGCAAGUCAACAAAAGAAAUUGAUACUAGUAAAUCAACAAGUGAUAUUAUGGCAAGGAUAAAGACAUAUAUGGCUGACGAGUCAUUCCAUGAUAUGCUGUCCAAGCUUGAGAGAGUCAUUGAUGAACUGGGUGUGGACUUGUCAGUCUACUCCUAGACACAUAGGCAAACCUCCUCAUUGCCGUGUGAAGCCUCUGUUUUCCCUGCUCCGCUGGAAAUUGAAAUGCAGAAUGUGGUGCUAGUUCACUCGGUGGUUCCUGAAUUGUUGCUUCUAAUCCUAGCAAUGUAGUCACGUACGCAUGGAUAGGAACUUAGUGGGGUUUAUAUAUCGUGCAUCAUUGUGUUAUGUACAUUUGUGUGUUGUGUUAUGCUCCUUAUGCUGCUGCGUGAGAACAGAUGCUACGAAAAUAGCAAAUCAUGUCGUACAUGUGUUGGUUUAUAAAUAUAUGUAUAAGUGGUCCUGCAUAA